AUGGGGGUUGCGCUGUCAAGAGCCGCACAAUGGACCACCGCAAGCACUGGAGCUGGCAAACUGGAAGUCACUCCUCUGAACGAGUCCCUGCUGAAGGAAAUCCUCCGCUUUGUGGAGGAGUUCAGUUCCAAAUACCCCCAGGAGGCGGGCCUUGUGUUCAAGGAAGCCCUGAAAUGGGAAACGACUUUACAGCCUUCUGAUUUUAAGAAUGAAUAUGACACCAGUGGCGUUACAGUAAAAUCGCAGGAAACUGGCAGUGAUGGACAGCCCCUUCUUCAGCUUUCAUCCUCCACCAUUUCCGUGCACAGCUUCAGCCAGCUCUCUAAUAUAGUGCAGCUGGCAAAAAGUAAAAAAUUAAAGGAAGUCCGCACAUGUCUUGAAGCUAACAGAGACCCGAUUGUGAAGAUUUUAGGGCCCAGUUUUGCUACGGUGGAGGGAGAGGACACAUCGAUGUUACGCCUCUUGCAGAAAGUCACAGAGGACAAUGAAUCCAAAGAGACCGAAGUCAAAAUGAAGCUUCUCCUGCUGCUUCAGCAGCUCGACACUUUGCUGCUGAGCAACUCCUUGAAGCAGAUCACCCAGGAGGUUCGACUCAGCCCCGCCACGGUAAAGAACGAUGUGGAGCUGCUCAAACGCUUCUGUGGCGAAGGGGAGAAAAGGGUGUUGAAGUCUGUUGAAUACACAUCAGAUUAUGAAUUUUCAAAUGGAUGUCGCACCCCUCCCUGGAGACAAGUGCAUGGAGAAAUCUGCUACCUCAUUAUUGAAACAUGUGACACUGAUCCUCUAUACAUCACCUGCAGCACAGCAGGAGUCUUUCUUAAUGGGGGCAUUAAACUGGAAGGAGAUGACCAAGCCUAUGAAAGGAAGAGUGAUGUCUACAAAGAUCUUGUGACACUUCUGAAAAUUCAGUCUCCUCAUUUUACUGAAAACAUAGGUAAACAGGAUUUCACAGUCAACGAAGAGCCUCUAUUGACUCAGAAGAUGGAACAUGUGGAAUCGGUUGAUGUGGAGGAACAAGGCCAAACCCAAAGGUCUUACGAGCUUGAGGAAAAGAAUGUGCUCGAAAAGGGGAGACAACAGCGCGUGCAGAACAAGCCAGGCAGCAGCAAGAGAUCAGAACCAUCUUUGAAAUGGAAGAACCUCGGUCUAGAGUCUCCCUACGACGAUGCAGGUGGCAAGAAGUCCACCAAGCAGGGGGCAAACAAGUUUGUCGAAAUGCAAGACAGACCUGUGCGGUCAGGGAGUAAGAAAAGAGCCAAUUUCUCUUUGUCUUCUUUGGCUGGACGUCUGUCAUCGCAAAAGACGAAGAGUGCGGGAGGAGGGACCGAGGACUUCAGCGAGAGCUCUUCAGAGAGCGAGGAAGAUGAGGAGCAGCCAGAUCGCCGGCCGGAGAGCAACACGGACCUGCCCUCAGAGUACUGGCAGAUCCAGAAACUUGUCAAGUACUUAAAGGGAGGCAACCAGCCGGCCACUGUGAUUGCACUGUGCUCGAUGAGGGACUUUAACUUGGCACAGGAGACUUGCCAGUUGGCCAUCCGGGAUGUAGGUGGCCUUGAAGUUCUCAUUAACUUGCUGGAUACCGAAGAAGUCAAAUGCAAAAUCGGCUCUCUGAAAAUCUUGAAGGACAUCAGCCGAAACUCACAGAUCCGAAGGGCCAUCGCAGACCUGGGAGGUCUCCAGACCAUGGUGAAGAUAUUAGAUUCCCAAGAUAAGGAGCUGAAGUGCCUUGCUGCGGAGACCAUUGCCAAUGUGGCCAAGUUCAGGAGAGGCAGAAGGACAGUGAGACAGUAUGGUGGGAUCAAGAGACUGGUGGAGCUGCUGGACUGCGUGGCGGACUCGCCCGCCCUGACGGAGGAGCAGGAGCGGGACGUGGAGGUGGCACGCUGCGGCGCACUGGCCCUCUGGAGCUGCAGCAAGAGCACCCGGAACAAGGAGGCCAUCCGCAGGGCGGGGGGCAUCCCGCUGCUGGCGCGCCUCCUCAAGUCCCCGCACGAGAACAUGCUGAUCCCCGUGGUGGGCACGCUGCAGGAGUGCGCCUCUGAGGGAAGUUACAGGAUUGCGAUUCAGACCGAGGGAAUGAUUGAAGACCUGGUGAAAAACCUCAGCUGCGACAACCAAGAGCUUCAGAUGCACUGCGCUAGUGCUAUCUUCAAGUGCGCGGAAGACAAGACGACGCGAGACCUCGUCAGGCACUUCGGGGGACUCAAGCCCCUGGUGACCCUGCUGAAGGAGACGGAGAACAAGCAGCUCCUGGCCGCCACCACGGGGGCCAUCUGGAAGUGCUCCAUCAGCAUGGAGAACGUCGCAAAGUUCCAGGAGCACAAGGCCCUGGAGAUGCUGGUGGCCCUGCUGACCCACCAGCCGGAGGAGGUGCUGGUCAACGUGGUGGGGGCGUUGGGCGAGUGCGCCCAGAAACCCGCCAACCGGGCCGUGGUGAGGAAGUGGGGCGGCGUGGAGCCGCUGGUGGGCCUUCUCACCGGGACCAACCGGGCCCUGCUGGUCAACGUCACCAGGGCCGUGGGGGCCUGCGCCACCGAGCCGGAGAACAUGGUAAUAAUAGACCAACUGGACGGGGUUCGCCUGCUCUGGUCACUGCUGAAAAACCCCAAUCCUGAUGUCCAAGCCAGUGCCGCAUGGGCCAUCUGUCCUUGCAUUGAGAAUGCUAAGGACGCAGGAGAAAUGGUGCGCUCCUUCGUUGGCGGACUGGAGCUGAUCGUCAAUCUGCUGAAAUCGACGGACGGGGAAGUGCUGGCCAGCGUGUGCGCCGCCAUCGCCAAAAUAGCCAAGGACGAGGAAAACCUGGCGGUCAUCACCGAUCACGGAGUGGUCCCCAUGCUGGCCAAACUGACCAAUACGACGGAUGACAGGCUCCGGCGGCACUUGGCAGAGGCCAUCGCACGCUGCUGCAUGUGGGGGAGCAACAAGGUGUCGUUCGGGGAGGCGGGGGCCGUGGCCCCUCUGGUGCGCUACCUGAAGUCCCAGGAUGCCGCAGUGCACCGGGCGACCGCCCAGGCCCUGUUCCAGCUCUCCAAAGACCCCGACAACUGCAUCACCAUGCACGAGCACGGCGUGGUCAAGCUCCUCCUGGCCAUGAUGGGAUCCACGGACGAGGUUUUACAGGAAGCGGCGGCCGGGUGUGUGGCAAACAUUCGGCGACUGGCCAUGGCCAAUGAAAAAGCCAGAUACGGUUAAAGAAAAAAAAAAAAAAAAAAUGUUCACACCAACUUGGCUUCUGCGAGUACUUCUGUGACAGUCCAUCGCCUCCGAAGGGUUUGGUAAGCAGCUCGUUCAGAGACCACGUUGCAGACAUCUUCCUAUAGAUCGUAACCAAAGCUAAACGUGCAGAACCGGAGGGAUAUGUGCACGCAUCAAUAUAUUCAUGUCACUGAGCAUGU